AUGUUGUCAGGUUAGUAUCAUCGUUUUCGUGCAGUUUCCAUGGCAACAUGUCCCCCUCCUCUCUUCCGCUAAAAUCGCAUUUGCUAACAUUGUCGUUGAGUUAACGAAUUUCUUGCCGUUUUUCUCCGGAAUGUCUCGCAAAAAUGCUGCUAAUUUUCAGUAACUCGCCGCCUUUUCUCACUCUCCGCAGCAAUGGCCUCUGUGCACGGAUUCACCGUCAAAAAUGCGUCCGGAGAAGACGUCGCUCUCUCCAAAUAUCAGUAAGUUUCGUGAAAAUGAUGUGCACACUUGUGCAAACUAGAAAAUCGAUAAUUCGGGCUGAAAACUGACAACGUAGAACUGUUUCGAAUAUUGUACUACAUCUAUUUUUUUAGGGGAAAAGUCCUGAUAAUCGUGAACGUGGCAUCACAAUGCGGACUCACCAACUCGAAUUACAAUCAGUUCAAGGAGCUGCUCGACGUGUGAGUCUCGCUGCGGUUCCGUGUAUUGUCGAUUUAUUUAACGUUUGCAGCUACAAGAAGGACGGUCUCGAAGUGCUCGCCUUCCGUGCAACCAGUUUGGCGGUCAGGAGCCGUCGUGCGAGAUCGACAUCAAGGCGUUCGUGGCGGACAAAUUCAAGUUCGAGCCGGAUUUGUUCCAAAAAAUCGACGUGAACGGCGAUUCGGCCGACCCGCUCUACAAGUACCUGAAGCAGGAAAAGGCGGAUUCCUGGUGGACGCCAUCAAGUGGAACUUUACAAAGUUCCUCGUCGGACGCGACGGACACGUCAUCAAGAGGUGAGUGGAUUUUGAUUGGAAGGGUAAACAUCGUGUUUUUUUCUAUUGCAGAUUCUCACCGACCACCGAGCCGAAGGACAUGAAGAAGGACAUCGAGGCGGCUCUUCAGGCGAAACUCUAA